GAGCAACAGCAGCAACAAUAGCAGCAGCAAUACCAACAGGAGCAGCAACAGCAGCACUAGCAACAACAACAACAGCAGCAAUAGCAGCAGCAACAUCAGCAGCAACAACAGCAACAGCAGCAACAGCAGCAGCAAUUAAAGCAAUAGCAGCAACAGCAGCAACAGCAACAGCAGCAGGAGCAGCAACAGCAGCAGGAGCAGCAACAGCAGCAGCAGCAAUAGCAGCAACAGCAGCCAUAGCAACAACAGCAGCAGCAAAAGCAGCAGCAACAACAACAGCAGCAGCAACAUCAGCAGCAACAGCAGCAGCAAUAGAAGCAACAGCAGCAGGAGCAGCAACAGCAGCAGCAGCAAUAGCAGCAAGAGCAG